AUGACUCGCGACAUGAACCAGGCAAUCCAAAUUGUCAACACUCUCCAAAACCCAUCCAGCGUCCGGGAUAUCUCAUUCCGAGAGGACGUCGAAGCGUUUGCGCUGAAUGUGUCGUUGAUCCCUGUCAAUGUCACCACGUCCACCUCUGCGGUCGUCUACGCCUAUAACCCGCAGAACCUCCUGCUCUCAUACGGAUUGGCCAUCCUUGCUAGUACCAUCUCCAUUGCCUUUGGACUGUUUGCGAUGUGGAAGAACGGUGCAUGUUAUGACAAUCGCAUGUCUACUUUUGGCACAGCAAUGCAGGGUUUCGAUGUCAAGGAGGUGUUUGAAGAUUCUAAAACACGGGCGGCACAACCGCUGAGAGGUCAAGCUGCGAAGACAAAGCUGAUGUUCGAUGCGGAAGAAGGUUUUGUACUCGGCCACCGCAAACGGCCCAGCGAAGGCUCAAGUGUCGGAACGCCUAUAACAGAAGAAGGUUUCGUACUCGGCCACCGCAAACGAGCCAGCGAAGGCUCAAAUGUCGGCACGACUAUCAGAGAAUGA